GCGCGGAGUGCAGUUUUGAAAUGGCGCGCGCAGUGCUCACGAACGACGACCUCUUUCGCGUGACGAGCGUCUUCUCGCGAGGCAAGGCAGCUGCGCAGUGGUGUGACGGCGACUUGGCCGCUGCGCUCGGACACGUCUAUCUCCUCGAGCACCUUCCCGCGCUUUUGCUCACGCCAGUGGCGAUGGAGGCGGCCGCCGCCAACGGCCACUUGGCCGUGGUACAAUGGGUCCACUGGAAUCGCCCGGAGACGCGCAGCUCGUGCGCAAUACUAUACGCGGCUGAAAACAACCACUUGCACGUCGUGUCCUGGCUCCACGCGCACGCGUACACAGAUGCGCUCGCGAUCGACGCAGCCGCCGCGGCAGGCCACUUGGAUAUGGUGCAGUGGCUGCACGUCCAUGGAUCGCCACGCGGGUGUUCGGUGCGUGCGAUGGACCAAGCCGCCGAGAAGGGUCACUUGGAGGUGCUUCAAUGGCUUCAUGUACACCGGAGAGAAGGCUGCACGACCGAUGCAUUCGACUAUGCGGCGUGCGCGGGGCACUUGACAAUCGUCCAGUGGCUCGCCACCCAUCGACACGAAGGCUGCACGAAGAAGGCGCUUUUGUAUGCUGCGUUCAACGGCCACCUCGACGUUGUUGAGUUUGUCUGCGCGCUGCCGCAAACCACCGACGACGACCUCCAGCGCGCGCUGCACCUCUGUGGGAAGAACGGACAGCGCCACGUCGCCGACUAUCUACGGAGCCUUGCGAUAACCAAAGUUACGUAGCAAAUUUUCUUGCCCUUUGGUUUUGAUAUCUGUUGUAAUCGGUGGAAAUACCAUUUUUGACACUCUGGACGCGAGUUGCAC